CGCUGAUUGGCUUACGCGGCCUGUCGUUCAGCUGAGGGGGAAGCAGCGGUGCAGCCAACAGCAGGCUGCUGGGACUAAAGGCUCAGAUAUGAACUCCUUGGAACAGGCCGAAGACCUGAAGGCCUUUGAGAGGAGAUUGACAGAGUAUGUCUCCUGUUUGCAACCUGCAACAGGCAGGUGGAGAAUGAUUUUGAUAGUAGUGUCGGUGUGUACGGCUACUGGGGCGUGGAACUGGUUAAUAGACCCGGACACACAGAAGGUCUCUUUUUUUUCGUCACUGUGGAAUCAUCCCUUCUUCACCAUCAGCUGUAUAACUCUUAUAGCUCUCUUCUUCGCUGGCAUACACAAACGAGUGGUGGCACCAUCAAUUAUUGCUGCUCGCUGUCGGACGGUUUUAGCAGAGUACAACAUGUCCUGUGACGACACGGGGAAACUUAUACUCAAGCCACGACCGAACAUCCAGUAACCUUGAGCUGGAGUGUGGCGUCCGAUGUCUCUGUUUCUAUCCGCUGAUCACUCCGUGUCUUUAGUCCUUUCUGAGGCUCUUCAUCAUGCGUUUGGAGGAAAGAAGAAAUUACCUGAUUUUGCCUUUUAAACACUGUCGCUGUGCUGACUGCAGAUGAACGCUCAGAUGUGUUAAUUUCUGUUUCUAAUGUUGAGCAUGUAUUUUAAUUAAUUGUUUCUAUUUUUAAAGUUAUUUACCAAAUAAAUAUUUCAGGUGUGAAA